AUGGCUUUUUUCACCACUUCGUUCAAGAAGGCUAUAUGUGAUAUCGGUAGAUCUUCAAAUGGCGACAUCUCUCGCCGUACACAGAUCAAACCUGAUGAUGAGGAUAUGACCCAUCCAGUGAAGAAUAUCAGGUACUAUAAGACGCUUCGUGUUGUAUCCGUUCCCAAUCAUGAUAUGAUUGCUUCAUGCAUCCAAAUAGCAACCGAAAAGACAUGGAAGAAUUACCGCCGCACCAUGAUACAUGCAGAAAAUGACGCCGACACAACUCCAUCCACACCUCACAGCGAAAUUGGCAAUGAGAAGAAGAUGGGGUACCUCGUUGAGGCACUCAGCAGACAAAAACUCAACUUCCGAGCCGCAUGUCUCGAACUGGAAUUGUACAAGCAGUGCAAAACGAAUGAAGAGCUCGAGAAAAGGCACCUUGAGCAAUAUAAGCAACGUCUCAGAGACAAGGCCAUGGUUGAUCAAGUCUUCGAGGAGUUUUCAUCGAUGAAGACAAUGUACGAAGAUAUUACCAAGGAGCACGAGGAAUCGAAAGCUCUUCUCAAGAAGAAAGAUGGAGAGCAUCAAGCAGCCAUCCAAGAGAAGGAGCAGGAGCUGCAGAAGUUCAUCACUGAUCAUCGCUCCACCCUCGCAGCCAUCCAUGAGACGUAUGAGGCAAAGCUCGCGGAGGCCAAUCAAGAUGCUGCUGAAAAGCGCCAUGUACUGGAGACGCGCCAUCUCGAGGCACUGCGUGCGCUCACAGAAGCGAGCAAGACUAACCGCUGCAUAUGGGAAAAUGCCCAGAAAGCUAUGGUGGCAGAAGGUGAACAAAUGGCAUGCGAAUACCGCGACGCCUUGCGAGACAAUGAAGACGAGAUCCUCCGCUUGACGAAGUGUAACCAUGACCUUGAGGCUGAGAACAGCUUGUUGGUCGGUACAUUGACCGACCGACCUGGUAAUGAAUUACACAAACACGCUCAAAUUGUGUUCGAAGAGAUCCAAUGCAUGAAGAGUGAGUUGGGGGAGGCGCGUACGGAUCUCCGAGUUGCUCACAUCAAGAUUGAGAACAUCCUUGAGGCGAUGCAGCAGCAACGCGACCAUUACGAGUCUCAUGGUCAUAAGGAGCAAGAGGCUCAGGCCCAAGUUUAUGACCUCCGGAGGCAGAUUUUAGAGCUCCAAGAGAAGCUCACUAUUCGCGAUGAUCUGCUUCGCGCCGCAGACACUAUCCCGAAGGACACUAACAUCAUGGAGUCCGAGUCUCUGUCAGACAUUGCUUCGAAGAUGGAGAAGGCUGGCGACGACCUUAAACUUCUCCAUGCGGAGAACGCAGAACUUCGGUCUAAGUCCAACAAGGUGGACGACGAGAACCUCGAGAUCUCCCUCAAAUUUGACAUGAUCGAGUACGAGGUGCAUGUCGCUCGUAACAAACUGGGGGUCCUGGAGGCGAAGCAAAGCCUCCUUAUCAGGGAGCGCGACUUCCUCGCCGAUGCCAUCGCUGAGGACAAUUGUCUCACGGCGGAGGACAAAGACCUUCUUCGCCGACAUCUCCGCCAAAUGAGGGAGGAGAACGAGAGGCUGAGAGAUCGCAACGUCUCCGUUGCAAAGGAAAACGCCGACCUUCAGGCGUAUAUCAAGAGGGUUCAAGACAAGGCUGAGGUCAAUAUCCAGCAAGCUGAAAAAGGCGCAGCAUACUGGCAGACCCUGUACUGGGACGAGGCAGUCCCGAAAACCGAGGCGCUCAGCAAAGAGAUCCACGAACUCAACAAGGAGUUGGGUCGUGAAAAUGUCCACGUUCAGGAGCGCCUCGAGCGCAACGUCGUUGUCUCUGACAGGAACGUACUUCGAUAUGCCUGUGCCGCCACACUGCGCGGCGUUGAUACCAACCUUAUCCCGGCCGAAUACUACGAACCGGGAUUCAUACCAGGCUGGCUCCCAGCCACCCACGAUGCUCUUCGCCUCCUGCGACCCCUAGGAUGGGUACCAGUCGCCGAGCUGGAGAAGGUGUGGCUUGCACCGAUGUACAAGCCGUUCACUGAAGAGGAUGCGAAGCAGCGCUUGGAAGCCCAGGGACAGAUCGUACGCAAGCAGCAUCGCGAGGCGAUGGGAGCUCCUCCUCUACCAGAGGAUCCUUCAGAGACGGUCUCUGAAAACGCUGCCGCCACUGCCGGCCCAGUACAACUCCUAUCUCCCUCAUGGGUACCUAUCUCCAAUCGAGCUCCCAUGCCACAUACGCCGUACGAAGAGCCGUACGCGCCUCCAUAUCAGACUGCAUGGCAGAAGAAACGUGCGAAUCUCACGCGAGACGCUUACAAUGAUAUGGAUAACACUCUCAAGUUGGAUGUGCUGGAGAUGCUUGGAAUUCAUACAGAGUGCGCAGAGACACUUGGCAGUUCAGGCCACACAGUUUCCUAUAAUUAUCAGGAGUACCCAGACAUCUUCUGAGGUCACAGAAGUAGUGGGUGGAUACAUAUAUUCUGGGAUUCGAGCUAGGGAGGCAAAAGGCUG